AUGUAAUUUGACCAAGAUAUUGGCCCUUGGCGUAAUGAUGAGAAUAGACCAAGUUCACGUUAUAAUAACUCACACUCAACAUCAAUUAAUAAAAAUUAAAGUGAAAUUAAAGGUGCUCAUUAGUUUACUCAUCAAAUCAACUCUGAAAGAAGAAAUUUAUUACCAAGACUUAAAUUAAGCAAUAUUAAUCCGAGAGUAUUCAUUACCAAAAUAUCACAAAAUGAAUCAGUGAGGAAGAGAGAAGAGUCUUUAGAUUAAUAAGCUUUACCUUAAUUAUUGAAAAAUAAAGAACUUUUAUAGUUUAAAAGGUAUAAAAAUAGGCAAACUGAAAUCAAAGUUGUUUUAGAGAUUGAGAAAAUCAUUAGAAGAAAUUUAUUUUAUGUACCAACUCAUAAAUUUACAAUGAUUGAUUGA